AUGAAUAAUAAUCAUUUUGGAGGCAAAGGUCGUCACCACCAGGAGCAACAGCGGCACUCCGCCUUCGACGGCCACACGAGCGGCUUUAGCUGCGGCGGUCGAGAAGGUCUCGGCCCUUCAGACGUAGGAGGCGACGCUGCUGGGUGCGGGGGUGGCGGCGGUGUUGGUGGAUAUCGUGGACACGACUCUGCGGUAGCCCAUCUCAUCGGCGGAACAGCGUUUCAUUCGGUCGGUCACAGUGUGGCUCACGCUGGUGGACACGGUGGUCACGGUGUUGGCGGUGGUCACAGCGACGCCAUGGACGCUACGUUCGUCUGGAAGCUGAGCAAGCUGGGUCGAAUCGGCUCGAGUCGGCUGCGCUUUGAUGACGACUUUGCGGACAGAUUGAAUUACCAAUUCACUGGAGUGCUAAUGUUCCUGUUCAUCGGGCUGAUCGGAAUACGCCAAUAUGUCGCCAUCAAGCAUGCACUUUUGAGCUGA